AUGUUCGUAGACAGCUCAAUCGCCGAAGCUUUCAUCAGUACGCUGAAGGAAACGAUUGUUGCUCAGUAUGGCGUCGAUCCGCAGCAAGAUAGGGCGUUUGGGCGUAUGGCGAAGGUACUAGCACAUCACAAGCGUUUAUCCAAGAUGAUCAACCGCGAUAGCAAGUACAUAGUUCAUGGUGGCGAAACCGAUGCUUCAGAUUUCUAUACCGCACCUACUCUAUUAGACUUUAGGACAGACACUGAGGCAUACCACGCUUCUGCUUGUAUGCAAGAGGAGAUAUUUGGUCCCAUAUUGCCUAUCUUACGUGUAGAUGGCGUUGAGAAAGCGAUAGAUUCUAUUCUAACAAGAGAACCACUUGCCAUGUAUGCCUUCACACAUGACGGACACGUGCAGGAAAAGUUCAUGAACGUAUCUGCGGGUAGUCUCCAGUUCAAUGAUACCAUUACGUUCAUGCUGAACGAGAACCUUCCAUUUGGAGGGGUAGGUAAUUCGGGUAGCGGCAAGUACCAUGGCUACCAAGGUUUUGUAGAGUUUAGUCACAUGAAGUCUAUUAUGAUCAACUCGAAUUUCAAUGACUUGAAGGCACGUUACUCUCCCCAAACAAAAGCCGAUAUGGCUGUGAUGUAG